UCUCCCCCCUCUCUUCACAAUCCUCCAUUUUCUCAACUCUCUCUCUCUCUCUCUCUAAUGCAUCAAGCCAUUCCAUAUAGGACCUGGCUCCACGCCGAAGCACGUGACUCACGUGAGCUAUCCACGGUGGUGGCGACCCCAGACGGGUUCUCCGGAGGAAUCACCGGACAGGCCAAUGACGUGGAUCCAGGAAAUUUGGUGACGAUGGUAACGGAGAACGCGGUGAUAAUAAUUGGAAGACGCGGCUGCUGCAUGUGCCAUGUAGUGCAGAGGCUGUUACAAGGUCUCGGUGCUAACCCUCCCGUGCACGAGGUAGCCGACGAAGACGAGGCUGCCGUGGCCGCCGAGCUGUCCAGGAAGAUUGGACACGGAGACGGCGGCGGCAGUGGCGGCGGAGUGCAGUUCCCUGCAGUGUUCGUCGGAGGGAAGUUGUUCGGAGGGUUGGAGAGAGUGAUGUCGACACAUAUUUCAGGCGAAUUGGUUCCGAUCCUCAAGGAUGCUGGGGCCUUGUGGCUCUGAUCACGAGUACUUUGACUUGUGAGUAUGGUGAUGACUGGAUACAGAUACAUAGAUACGUAUAUACACGUGUCCAUGUUUCUGUUUCCGUUCUGAUUGGGUAUGUUGUUGUGAUCUCAUGUAUAAAUCUCUCUUGGUUGAUGUUCUUAAAAUUCUAGUUUUGUGGAGAGAUCUUGUUUGAAUUUUUGUUUCCCGAAUCUUUGGAAACUAGGUUUUGGAUAUUAGAUAGCUUUUGUACAUUAAUAUUGAUUCCACUGAAUUGAGAAUUAUGCAAGGCUAUUCCAGAUA